AAAAAGGGAGCUGUUCUGGUGCUGAAACAAUAUCUUCAUCGUGAGAGGGAGCUAUGAUCAGCCACCGUCCCUCUGUCUGAAGCACACAGGAAACAUUGAGAAACAUGGCUCGUUUAAGGAAUUGCUGUCUUUUGAGUUUUCUGUCCCUGUCACUUUUAAUUCUUCUAAUGCCCUUCACUGAUGCUGCAUCAUUCCAAUAUUACCAAGUGCCGCAACAGGACCAAGAAUAUAGAAUGAAAAGUAUUCAAAGGCUGCCCAGCCCUGAUAUGCUGAAGGCAUUGGAAUACAUUGAAAACCUCAGGAAGCAAGCAAGCAGAACAGAAAGCAUCCCAGACUAUACAUUGUACCCAGGGGCACCAUUCAUCUCAGAGCAGAAAGACACCAGUUUGCAGCCACUUUCUCCAGAGAGUGGCAAAAAUCCUUCCAUGGAUGAUGAGUCUGAGUGGAUGCGAGCUAUGUUGGAAGCCCUUGUACAGGCUGAAAAAGACGCCAAAGUAAAUCAACCAGAGAAGAACAAGCAGUACAGCAGCAUGAUGGACAAAAACAUUCCAGCCGAGUUGUUUGAAGACUAUGAAUGGCCUGAGAAAAGACCUAAAAAUGUCAAGUUUCCUGGAAGGUACUUUGAGGACUACUCCAGAGAUAGCCCUUUAAAACGCACCAAUGAAAUUGUGGAAGGUCAGUAUACCCCUCAAAGUCUAGCAACCCUGCAGUCUGUCUUCCAGGAACUGGGGAAGUUAAAAGGCCAAGCCAAUAAUAAAAGAGACCGUUUAGAAGAAGACCAAAAACUCUACAAAGAUGAUGAGGAUGAUAUGUAUAAAGCCAACAAUAUUGCUUAUGAAGAUGUGGCAGGGGGAGAAGAAUGGAGUCCUAUAGAGGAGAAGGUUGAAAGCCAGACUCAAGAGGAACUGAAAGAGAGUAAGGAAGAGCUGGAGAAAACAGAUGACAUGGAAGAGGAAAUGAAGCGAUCUAGAUUGCUUGGUUUACAGGAUGAAGACACCGCAAAAGAAAAUAAAAACCUGGAAUCCGAGAACCUGGCAAAUUUAAUGAAUUAUUACAUGAGGAUGUGGAUGAACAGAAUCGAAAAAAGCAAGCAAAAUGCAGAGAAACGAUCAGCAAAGUACUCAGGAAAAGACCUAGACGCGGAUGCUAUUUACCAGUUAAUAGAUAUAUCUAGAAAUUUACAAAUCCCACCAGAAGAUCUCAUUGACAUGCUGCAAGAUGAAGAUGGAAAGAAACUAGGUGGAAGGCUGGAAUCUGAAAAGGAAGUGGAAGUGCCCGAUGAUCUGGAUGAAGUUACUGAAACCACUGUGGGAAAGGUAGAUGUCAUCAAGAACAAGCAAGGAUUCAUAAAACAGCCAUCAAGUUCUCUGUUAUCUAAUAUUCCUGAAGACUUGACUGUGGAGGAUAUGGUAAACCUCUUAGGAGGCGAUAAGCUGCCAAAUCAGAAAUCUGCUUUUGUAAAUCAGUUCAAUCAAAAGAAUGGUUUGCCAAGGCCUUAUCCAAUGUUAAGUAAAAUGAAGGGACGCAAAGGCACUUGGCAAAAUGAUUUUGACAAAAGACAAAUGGAAUAUGAGCCGAGGUCCGACAAGGAGGAAGACUUGGCGGAAUACAUGGUAAAGAUGCUUGCCAAAUAUCCAGAACUGUACGGGAACAAUCAAAAUAAAAAGCUAGCUGCCCUUUACCCACAAAGUGAUAUCCAGGAGCUGGAAAAACAGUAUGAGAAGGCGUUGAGGGGAUAUUUGAACCUCAGAGGACUCCAAGAUCUAGAGACUCUGUCCAAAGAUAACCGAAGACUCCCUGCCGCGAGAGACAACGAUGAUACACAGAGCAAACAGUACCCAGAUGAGGACAUGCUUAUGAAGGUCCUAGAGUUUUUAAACCAAGAAAAAGCCGACAAAGUGAGAGAUCACACUGUUAAAAGAUCUAUGGAAAAUAUGUAACCUGUCUGUGUUAACCUCCCUAAAUUACAUUUAUUUCCUUUUUAUGUGUGUUCUGGCUUUGACUAAGGUGGACGGAACAGAAGUUCCUCUUCCGCUAGUGGGAAUGAUAUUUAAGUCCCAGUUUUGGGGCAUACAAAUGCAUUUUAUUUUUACAUGCCCGUUUUGAUCGUACUACUGUUUUUUU